UGCAAAAUAAUAAGCGUGCAUUUCUUAACCUCCACAAUCAAGAUUUAUUAUAAUUACGUUCAAAUGUAUACUUGAUUCAAACAUAAAAUGUAGAUGAAAGUUUGUUAGUGUGUUUUUGUGUUACGUUACUAUGUAACACAAAAACAACCUAGAGCCAUUCCUAUGUUCACACAACACCAACAACAAUGAUCAAGCAAACCAAGAAGGUCAAUUUUGCAUACGUGGUUCCACCUACAAGGCAAAAAGUUCAUCAACCCGUAUUAGAGAAAAUUAAAGGAAAAAGAGGAGAUAAAGAUGUAUUUAUCCCUGCAAAAACUGUUACGAGGUUACCAACAAAACAAAAUACGGGAAAAUGCAACUCGCAGUGUGCAUCUACAAAACAGUUUAUUCGAUAUGAAUAUUGUACAAAGAGACAGGAAAAUCGAAAACAUGAUGAUAAAUUUCAAACGACACGCGUAGCUAAAAAUGAAUCCCUUCAAUCAAAAUCUUAUCCAAUGAGAUUGCAAUCGAAACAUGUAUGUAAAUACCGGACAUCAUCAACAGUAUCAGACGAAUACAUUCAUUCAAAAUCAUGUCCAUUGAGAUCAGAAGCAUCAGAAAGGCAAAUUGCGUGUUAUUCACCAGUUAGUGAAGACAAAGUCUUGUCUUCAGGAAGUGGUUUAAUAUAUUGUCCAAAGAGGGCGCAAUCAAAACAACACCUCAGUAAACGACGUAUCACGUCGGGAAUUCGUGACUCUGUAACAUGUCCGACGAGGAUACAAAGAAAUUUGAAAUGUUCUUCGACAACUUCCAAAUCAGUCCAUUCUGAAUCUCAUCGUUCAACGAGAUCGAGGGCAAUAGAAAAAAUAAUAAAAAGAGAUUACAUAUCACGUUCCUCACAAAGUUACGCUAAAGUUUGUAAAUUGAGAUUGCCAUCCAAGAAAGAAACACAAAUAAAAUAUCAGGCAUCGCGCACUUUGAAACAUCGGGAUCACGCAAACAAGAUAACUGCAGAACUUCAUAUAAAAAAAGAAUGUUUUGAUGUUUCCAAAAGGAUAACCCAUUAUAAGAAGCUUAAACAAAAAGCAAAAGAAGCUAUGAAAAACAGAAAAAUAUUCACUGUUAAAGGAAACAAUGCGAUGGCAGUAAGAAAAGCUUUGCUUGCUCGAGGCUGGGUUGAAAAACUACUUACAACUAAAAAGAAUACAAAAUAUCUUCAAAACAACUUUAGAAAGAUGUCGAUCGAUAAACAAGAGAGAAUAGUUUUGUCCAGUUGCCUUGAAGACUGUAUUCCAAGUUUCGCUUGGGGUGGAUUAGACAUAGACACUUCCAAUGAAUUACAAAACUGGGAGGAGCCUAUUAUUAAUACUCUAGACGGCAAUGAUCUUUGGAGCACCAAGGAUAUACUAUGUAAAUCUCUGCAAGACUAUUCCUGGUAUUACAUAGAAAACGUGGCGGAAGUCGAUCUACCAAGGACAUAUAGCAGUGCCAAUAGAGACGAGUUAAGAGAUUUCAUAACAGAUUAUCUUCUAACUGCUUGUACUAGUUUGUUAAAAUGGAUUGCAUUUAAUAUAGAUAAUAAUAAACCCGUAUUUACAAAUACUGGGACUGUUUCUGUCAAUGUAAUUACUUUUGCCAUUAAUCGGUGCAAAGAGUUUUUAUUUAAGAAAGAAAAUAUAGACGUCGAUAAAAAAAUAUGCAAUAAACCUACAACAGGACAAUGGACGUUCUUCUUAACAAAAUAUAUGUCAAUAAUUUCCGGUAAAGAUUUAUUUGAGAUAGAUAAAGAUCGACAUAUGCUCAUGUUGAUUGCCUACACAAAAUGUUUGAUGGAUAGAAUUGUGAAGUAUAGACCGCAACUAAGUUGCGAAGGAUACUACGACGCUUGGAUUAUCAAACCAUCAGAGCUGUCUAGUGACACUGACGUUGUCGUUUCUUCAAAUUUGGCUACAAUACUUAAUAUGUUAACUAAUGCAAAGGAAACAUUCAUUGUUCAAAAGUACAUUGAAACACCGUUAUUGAUUACCGAAAGGAUAUUUCAUAUAAAACAAUAUUAUCUUGUAACAAGUACAUAUCCAUUACAUGUUUGGAUGUACCAAGAUUGUUUUUUGAAAAUUGGUUUACAAAAUGAUAAUGUCAUCAAUGGUGGCCUUUGUGAGCCCGUACAUCUUACUGACCAAGCAGUACGAAAACUUAGCAAUGGUUUUGACCCCCAAUUUUCGAAAAAUAAUAUCUGUCAAUUACGAACAUUCAAGAAAUAUUUAAAGGACAUUGGAAAAGCGGAGGUUUGGGACAAUGUAAUAAAACCUGGUAUGAAGAAAAUAAUUGUUGGAGUUAUGCUGAGCAACCAAGAGUCUUUGAAACAAUCGAAAAAUCGUUUCGGUUUUCAUUGUUGUGAUUUCAUAAUCGACAAUGACUUCAGACCUUGGUUGAUUAAAAUCAAUGACUCGCCUGAUUCAUAUCCAUUGACUAAUGCAAAAAUUGGUGAACGAGUCGUGUCAGAUGUUAUCAAAGUUAUAAUCGAUCAUGCUCAGAAUCGUAAAGCAUCAACUGGUCAAUUUGAAUGUGUAUAUCGCCAACCUAUGACACAACCAAUUCAAACUUGCGAAAACAGUGCGAAUACUUUAGUAAUAAAGGGUGUAGCUAUACCCUCAAGUUCUUUAUGUAAAAGUGAAGCAGUAAUAAGUAAAUGCAGUAAAACAGAAAAUAUGAAAACACCAUAUAACGAAGAAUGUUUUUCUUUAUGUAAAAGUGAAGCAGUAAAAAAUAAAUGCAGUGAAACAGAAAAUAUGAAAACACCACAUAACGAAGAAUGUUUAUACGACAUAAAGUUCAAAAAGGAAAUUCAUGAACAACCAAUUAUAAAUUUGCUACAAAGAUUAGACUCUUUAUUUGAUUUAGCUAUAAUGAAAAAAUAUUCUAAUGAUAUUAAUGUUAAUCUUGAUAAGAAUAAGCAUCCACUGGAUAAUGAUAACCAUAUGGAUAUGACACCAGGACAUAACCAUAUGGAUGCAACCAAUAAGAUACAAAAAACGGCAGCAGAACCAAACUACAUCAAUUAUUUUAAAGUACAUGCAGAAAACGCAACAAGCACCUGUCAAACACAAAUAAGUGCAGAUUGGACGAGACAACCGAAUUAUGGUGAUAAUUUUUAUAUAAACCGAGGCAAAAAGGCAUGUGUACAAGAAACACAAACUGAUCCAAUCAGGGUGAUACCACCGUAUUGUGAUGAUAAUUUGUAUAUAAACACAAACAAACGGCCACGCACAUAUGAUACACAAACGGAUUUAAGUCUGAUGAUAGAACCUGGAUAUUAUGAUCUUGGUUAUCACAAUUUGGAUGUUGACAGAGACAAGAAAACAAUUUUCUACAUACCUCAAACAGGAUUAAAUCCCAGCAAGGAACCUAAUGAUAACCAUAUAGAUAGCAUUUCUGAUAACAGGGCCUACAAGACACAAAUAGAAUCGUAUGCAAUAACUAAAUUGGAUUACAAAAAUCAUUUGAAUGUUUACCCUACAGGCGUUUCAACACUUAAACAAAAUUAG